AUGCAGGUCUCCGCCACAGCCCGCUCCUUCCCGCUCUGCCGCGGCCCCUGGAGCGGCCACUCCAGCCCGCGGUUCCGACAGAAGCCCGUGGCGGGCGUGGCGGCGGCGGGGGCGGCGGCCGGGGCUGCCGCGGGCCUGGCGGCGGGCUCCAGCUGGAGAAGGGCCACGGGCCCCAGGGAACGCGACCUGGAGGACGACGAGGAUGCGGCACUGGGUGGCAACCGGACGGGCCAAGGCGUCUACAGCUACCGGGCGUGGACUUCGGGUGCGGGGCCCACCAGCAGCCCGCGCCUCUGCCUGCUGCUGGGCGGUGCUCUCGGUGCCCUGGGGCUGCUGCGACCCUAGGCCCGGCCUGGCUUGGGGCCAGAUGUGGCCCCCAGCUGGCACCCUCCCUGCAGGCCUCUCCAGCCCACCCAAGACCGCCAGCCACUGAGCGCCCCUUCCCACCACUGCCCACCGCCUCCGACCCAGAUAGCCUGUUCUAUCUCUCACCUGGAGGCUGCCUCCUGUUCAGCGCUCUGCACAAGUCCCUCCCCAGCCUCCCCAUGUCCCACGACCGGAGGACCAGGGCCCAUCAGUUCCAGGAUGCCCCACCCACCACCUGGAGUUCAGGGUCCUCCCCAGCCAGGAAGGCAGGUGCCUGGGCUGCCAUCCUGGCCACCAGCCCACCAUCUCUCCCAAGUUGCCCAGAGAGAUGUGCCAAACCAGGAUGUUCAAGCCAUUCUGGCUCCCCUGACCCCAUCCUGGACACUCGAGGGGUGUGGACAGUGCUGACCAGGAGGCAAAGAGGCAGGCCCUGAGGACCCUGUGGCCCUCCCCCAUAGAAACAGCCAGAGUGGACCAAAGGACUAGUGCUCUGGGGAAGAAGAGAGGUUUCUUUCAAUAGGUUGUAGUGUGCCUACCGCCUGUCCAGAAGAGGCAGUCUGGGGAUUUUGGAGCCCACGUGUGCCCAUCGUGGCUCUCUGGAUAAUCCCCAGAGCGCCCCUGCCACAGCGGCUGCCCCAGGGCCUUGCCAGCCCACCCUCAGGCCCAGAGGCCUGCCCGCUCCCUGGCAGGACUCUCAAGACCAGGGGCCCCUUGGGGCCACUUUGCUCCCACUUGAAACAAGUCACUCAACUCUUCUUGGGACCUAUUUUUGGGGGAAACCACAUUGUUGAAUUUCCGGGAGCUUUUCAUUUCCUCUGAGGGUUAGGCUCACCUUCUGGAAUCAGUGCUCGCCGGUCCUCAGGGAUGGCACUGCCACUCCCACUAAAAAGCCCUCCCUGGGACAGCCGGCUGUGCUCCAAGCAGGUCUGUAGCUCGCGGCCCGCUGGGAAGGAGAGGGCAAGGUGUGAAUGGUGCGAAGGGGGCAGGCCAGAUCUCAGGUCAGAACCAGCAACCAACACACCACGAGGCAGUCCCUGGAGGUGGACGGCGGCCAGGCCCAGCACCCGGCAAGCACAGCUAGACGCAAGAGUACUCGGGCUCAGCAAAGGAAAGCGCCCGGGAAGCUGAGCCCCUCCAACACCUGGCUGAGCAUCUGAGGCUGUUCUGGGGACAGGACAGACCCCCAGAGAGGCCUCUAAGGAAAUGCCAGGCGGGCCUUGCAAGGGUUUGCCUCUGGCACUCAAGCACCCUCGGCAGAAAGCCAGCCCUUUGCUUCUCAGGCACCCAGAGACCCGUUUCCCUUGAGCCUUGGGCCUGGGUCACCGUCCGUGAGCUCGGCCCUGGGGGCCUUGGCUCUUCACCACAUCCUCCACCGUACCCCACGGCAGGACAACGUCCCAGGCCUGGAUCCUCUGGAUCUCCCCCUCCUUCGGUGCUCACUGAAAGCUUCACCCGCUGCUGGGCUGCCUCCCAGAAUAUGCCCUCACACCACCCCCUCCAGACCACGGGGCCUUCAGACUCAGUUGACGGAUUCCAGCACCUCCUGGGGGGGCAGGGGCUGCCACCUCUGCUCUCCCACAGCUGACAUACAAGCCUGGUUAGGGCGAGGGUCUCCAAGCUACCCGCGGAACCCUGGACCAAGCAUUUCUCUCCCAAGACCAGGACACAGAGCUGCAGGACACAGCUUCCUGCAGCCGCCUGUACCCACAGCGCCAGCAUUCUCAGGGUACAGCAAGCCCAGAUGCCCCCCCACCCAUUCCAGACCAGCAGGCUGUGGCCGAGCACUGCCCAGGGCCUCGGGCAGUGUGACCAUUCCGCCCCUGCACCUGCAGGCGGGAGAGUCUCGCACAGGGACUCGGUUCUACCUGAGGGCCCAGAAGCGCGGGCCCAGCCUCUCGGGAGCCCUCGCAGGCUGCACGGCACCACGUGGCAGGUGUGGCGUUAACAGCCCUCUUAAGUCAAGGGCCUAUUUCACACACCAGCCUGAUUCCGGGCCGCGCUUGAGUUCUUCCCGCUCUCCUGGUCAGGGUGCAGCAGGAAGCAGACGGUGCCCAGGGCGGGUAAUCGCAGCAGAGGUCAGCGUGUGCAUGCCCGCUGUGGGCAUCUUUGGGAGGGGAGGUGCCCUGCGGAGACUCGGGUGUUUCCAGGAAGGCCACGCCCCCAGUGGACACCGAAGAGGUGAAGCGGCUGACCAGGUCCACCCCCACCCCUUUCCUUCCUCCGCCCUUUGCUGGAAUGCAGGUUGGUAGGCCAGGUUCCCUGGGGAAGAGUCCCACCGUCCUGUUAGCUAGAAGGUGCUCAGAGGCAGUGGCAAACUCCAGUCUCCACUGACCACACCGGCGACCCUCACGGCCCAUACGCAGCUGGGGACAGACGAUCCUUGGGUUCUGCCACAGCUCUCUGGAAGCCCCGUCCACUUUGUGUGCACAUGUUAGUCGUGUCGUGAAAUAAACACUCUGAUGGCAAA